GGACAAAAGGGUAGAUUGUUUUGGGAAUUUAAACGAAAUUCAGAUUAUAAGCAUAUCAUUCCGUUGAAAAUUACAUAUUGUGGUAUGACACUAAAAUGAGCUGUCUGUUAUAUGGUUGAUUUAAGAAGUUGAAUAAAUAACAACAGGCAUUGGACAAGGGCACAUUCCCGCUUGCUUUUCCGCCACAGUUUAAACGGAACUUCCCAGGACUUGGCCAUGUAAAACUAAAGGAAAAUACAGCCUGGAUAGAUUGUCCCCUAUAUGAUUUCUUAAGCUACGCCGUAUGUUACUGCUCAUUUGUUAUAGUUAGAGACUUUUAGUCACAAUGUCUCUUCCUCCAGAGAAAGCUAGCGAACUGAAGAAAACCAUUCACGAUCAUCUGAUAAAGAUGGAUGUCCAUGGGAAGAUUCGAGAGGUGCUGUCCGAGACUCUGAAGGAUGGUCUGGGCUAUGGACCGCAUACUUUCUCCGAGGGGGAUUUCCUACAGGCUCUACAGCGCAGGGGGAUCAUAGAUGAUGUCAUGAGAGACCUGCAGUUCAGCCAGAGUAUACAGCAAGACACGGAGAGAAGCAGAGAGAAAGAUUUCCCCAAUAAGUCUGCUCCUCAUGUUGCUGAAAAAAACCGGCUGCCGUUGAAUAGAAUGGACAUUGACGUGGCCCGUCGAUACCUUCAUCUCCAGGUACUUGGUGGCAAGGCCUUUCUGGAUCACCUGCAGGAACCAGAACCACUGCCCGGCCAGGUGUGUUCCACCUUUAGGCUCUACCUGCACUUCCGUAAUCAGAGGUUCCAGUCGAAGCCGGUUCCCUGUGCCUGCGAACCUGACCUGCAAGAGGGUUUCCUGUUGGAGGUCCACAGAGACGGAAUCGGGGAAGGUAGCAGAAUGGCAGAUUGCACCACUAUGCUGUCCAUUUGUGACCCAGUACAUUUGGUUCUGAUAAAGAUGGACACCUCCAAUGAAACCACUCUGGUCUCCUCCUACUUCCUGGAUUGGAGGAGUGUACUCAGUGCUCCCAGUGGGAGGACCUGCUUCAGUGUGGAGCUACUGGGAGUGGGAAGUGAGAGUAAAGUACCAGCCGGUGUUCUGACCAUCAGUCUUGAGCUCUACCCUCCAGUUGUGGAGACUCUCAAUGUGGACAUCAUCACCACACAGCAAUCGCUGGAGCGCCAGAGGUCUGCGGAGAAGGAGAGGCUUUUCCUGGUCUAUGCCAAGCAGUGGUGGAGGGAGUUUCUAGAGAUCCGCCCUUCACACCAGUCCAAACUGGUCAAGAUCUUCGCACAGGACGAGAACGGUGUCAACCGGCCGGUGUGCUCCUAUGUGCGCGUGUUGCGGGCGGGCCGGCUGCUGGAGAGCCCCCGCCAGGCGGCGCGCUUCGUCAGUCUUCUGGCAGACGAGAAGGCCCCCCUGGUGGGCGGGGGGGCGAAGCAGGAGCAGUGGUGCUCACUGCUGGCCUUCGUGUGUAGAGGCAAGGGGGACUGUGAGGACCAUGCCACCCUGCUGUGCAGCCUGCUGCUGGGCUUCGGUCUGGAUGCGUACGUGUGUGUGGGCACCAGGGCCAAGGGAGGCCCCCACACCUGGGUCCUGACCCGCGGGACUGACGGAAGCAUCACCUUCUGGGAGAGCCUCACCGCGCACAGAUACCUGCACCAGGCUAUCGACCCAGACGCCCCGCCCCUGGCCCCCCAGCCAAAGCCCUCGUCCCCCUAUCGCACGGUGGGCUGCGUCUUCAACCACCAGAGCUUCCUGGCAAACUGCCAGCCCACGGACGCCGUGCCGCUCUGCGUCUUUGACCUUCAGAACCCAUCGCGGUGGAAGGCGAUGAGCGAGGAGGCCCUGAGGUCGGUGUGUGCUCCGGGUUCCACCACCUCCCUGCCUCCCAUCCCCCCCCUCUGCGCCUCCUCCCUGGAGCCCGCCGCCGCUAGCAACCAGCUGGAGCUGGAGAUGCGCUUCCUGGUGGCGGAGCACCGCAAGGACCUGGAGGUGGCCACGGUGUGGGACGACCACCUCUCCUACCUGCUGUCCUCGGCGCUGGCCGCCUACGAGACGGAGCGCUGCACCGGCGUCUCCUGCGGCAACGAGGAGUUCCAGGACGCGGUGAGGCGGGCGGUGCCCGACGGACACACCUUCAAGGGCUUCCCCAUCCACUUCCUGCACCGCAACGCACGCCGCGCCUUCGCCACCUGCCUCAGGUCCCAGUUCUGUGAGGAGAUAGUGAGUUGCCGUGGCGACCAUGUGAGGCUUGCGGUGCGCGUGCGCGUGUAUGCCUACCCUGAGAACGCCUGCGCGGUCUGGAUCAUGUUCGCUUGUAAAUACCGCUCCGUACUCUAAGCAAUGUGGACUGCGGAAUUCCCUCCCUCUGAUCUGCAGAAACACUGUCUGCAUCUAAAGAGAAUGUUUUUAGGUUAUAUUUAUAUAUUUAUAUUUUUUUAAAUAAAUAGAUCAUUGCAAAACGGAUGAACUGCAGUUUGACUCGUGCUUUCAGAUAUGCUAUCCUAAAGAUCACGCAUCGUUGCAGUUUCCAAAAUGAAAACCCCUUCUGUUUCUGUCAUGCUUUCUGCUUUUCUUCCUUAAUGAUGUUGCUCUGGUCCACUCCACCGAUUCUGGUGUACAUUGGCCUUAAAUGUUUUCAGUAAUUGCACACUGCUUCUACUGGUUCAUUUUACCGCUACUGUGUGGAUUCAUAGUUUAGUGCUUUAUGACCUGAGAUAACAGACAAAAAAUCUGCUCCAACGAUGUCGUUAGAAAAAAACUAUUUAUACCACCAGGUGUGAGUGUGAUUAGCCGUUACAAGCUGUUUUGAAAAUCUGCGUCUUCUGACAUCACUAGUGGGCGUGUCCACCUAGAUGUGUGCCGGAUAGAUCAGUCUACCAGCCGGCUUGUAACUGCUAAUCACACUCCCACCUGGUGGUAUAAUAUGUCCCCCUUAAAUAAAGGGGCAUCGGACGGCAAGUGCACAGGUGCUAAGCACUCAUUGGCUGUGCCCUUUCAGGUGACAAUUGCAUCCAGGAGUUGAUGGAACAAAUGCAGAUGUUGGGAAAGGGUGAGUCUUAAGUAUUCAUUAACCCAGAAUUACAAAUAUAGAUUUCUAAUGUGGUAAAUGCUGAUGCUUCUUGAAAAUUGUUUAAUUUUUGAUCACUGAUCUACUUUUCUGAACGAAUCACCAGCUUCUCACUCGCAGCCAAUCAGAAUGUUUUUUCUUAUUAGCUCUAAAUUAAGUUAUCACGUGACAGAAACCUAUUAAGGCUCAACGUGGAGUGUUUGUGAGCUUGAUUUGUAUUUUUCGGGGUCUGAUAAAACUCUUAUGAUUAUGAUGCAACGCUGUUGCAUCUUUUUUUUUUUUUGCCUUAAACUGAAAUCCGGGCAAACUUUGCCACCAACGUGGGGAGCUUCAACACCUCACUGAGAAACUGGUGGAAGUAGUUUGGAUUGGCUUGGGAUGCUGACCUCAGAUGAGCUGUAUUGUGGAUUUGUGCAACGCUCACUUUAAACUCCACUCGAAGACAGGCGCAUGUUAUCGCUAUCCCUGUUCUUUUCCCUCCUACUUUACAACGUGAUGAAAUUAGUUCGAUGUUGGAUGUUCGACAGAUCAUAUAUACAUUUUUGGGUUCAUCUGCGGUUCCUGCCGUGUUUUCAGUCAGUCUUGGCAGACAACCAAGGGACACCCACUUGCUCCUGACCGCUUGCUUAUCACAUAUGCACCGUCAAUAAACUACUGCAUUAAUUUCCUUUGAGCAAAAAUUGCUUUUUGCUCAUGGUAUGGCACCAAUGCACCCCAAACCUAUGCAGUACUAUUCUAGUAGGUGGUAACGAAUCCCAUGGCAUCGGAUUGUAAAUAAUAUUGUGUCUAAUUUGUACCAAAAUGUAGAGGUCAAGUAUGAUAAUUUUUCUUCUUGUCCAACAGCACUUUGACGUCUUGUAUAAUGCUGUGUGUCCUACACUACAUCAAUUGUUUGUUUGGUUUACAAUUGCCACAGUAUUAAAUGAACCUACUGUGCAAUGCAGAAUUAAUUUACUUCCGAGGUCCUUUCGUACUACCCACUGUCAAGCGGGGAUCUGAGUGUACCACACUACUUCUUAAUGACUAGUUUGGUUCACAAACAUCCCAAGUGUCUUCUUGCCAAGACAGCCUUCUGGCACAGUUGUAGGUCUCUUAAAGUCCAACCAUGAGGACUCAAUGGGACUCUUUCUGCAGACCAGGGCCUUGUGCAGACACUUGCGUUUCUGCCCUCCAGGACUCCACAAAGAUUCACUUGACCUACCAUGGCUACAGGACACUUUAUUCGCAGAGAGCCCCCUCAACAGACGCGUUUGCCUGAAGAUCCAAAAUCUCUAGGGUUAAAGUCUUGAAUACCAGAACAAGUGAGGUAAAGUUCUACCCAGACUGAAAGGAUUUGUCCUCGUUUCUAAAUGCAUUCAUUGCUACCCCGCUGGAUCUGUGGACGUCUUUUCGAGAUGGAAGACUGCUAGUUACACGACUGACUGGGUUUAUUUGCAUGUCUUAACUGGUUGUUUUGGGCCUGGUUGACUUUUAGCAUGCUAGAUUUGCAUGGAUGCUGAUUGUACACGUAUGCACACUACUCGUAACACUCUGCUACUUCUUAUCUAGUCUUAACCAAUUUCAACUUUCAACACACUUGAAGCCGCUGCUUAGUGCUGCUUGCAGUUUUGAUGGCUAAUUUAUUAUUUGCAUUUGUUUCAUUCUGUGCAAUGCUGUAGUGACUGUCUUCACUGUCGGCUUGCAGAUAUUUGGUUGUGCUACUGUUGAUUUGCAUUAAGUUUCAUAUAGUUGUCCCAACCCAACUUUGUUGUGGGCUUUCCAUUGGUGGCUGAAUAUUUGCUUGUUUUUUCAGAAUUGGGUUGGCCACCCUAAACAUAUUCACUGGUUCCUUAAAACAAAGUAACAUCUUUUAAGAAUUUCAACACUUUGAUAAUUAACAUUUUGCCUAUUUCAAGUCCAUAGGAAGAUACCUCCAACAUCGGAAUAAAAGGCUGUAAAGUAAAGUUGACCAAUUUCUAAGAUUAACUGGGCAAUUGAUAGACUAAAAUGUAAUCACAAUUUUACUGAUUUGUCAUAGGGUUUUUCCUGGCUGUAGCUGUACUUUUGUAGCAGAGAAGUCUCAUGCUGGAAGAGUUAUUACUUUAGAAAAAAUCGAAAUGCUUGAAUAUGAACAGUCGAUCACGAAUCAAACGAGUAGUUUGUGUUUCAUAACAGGCAGUUUUAUUCAAGUGGUUGAAUAAAUGGUCCUUAUUGGAUAAACUAUUAGAGAUUGAGACACUGGUUUCACUAGUCGCAUGUGGUGGAGUGGUACGGUCAAUAAAUAAU